UACACGAUCGUUCUCCCGAAACCCUCAUUCCAAGUGCCACCCUCAAAACCAGACCCUGUAUAUUUUACAGCGACACACUUUUCGACUAAUGACUCAUAUUUUGAGGUUUCCAGGACACCUGACGCAAGAAGGAGUAAUUCGGUCAACACGAUGUCUUCGAUAUCUAUGAAAGCACUCACUGGGCGUACCGUGUGUAAAAGAGCACACACACCACGAUCCACCGCUACGAGAAGGACCAGAUCGGCGAGGAGGAACACGAUCAGUUGUUGUCCAUGUAGCUGCUCGUAUGAGAUAUCUGGAUGUGGAUCUGCGAAUCGUUCAUUGCCCUACCAACUUCCUGGUUUAGAAUUUAUGUCUGCUAUUGCAUCUUCGCUUCUUCUGGAAUCGCCCGCACACCGACCAAUCCAUUCUACGCCGAGAAAAACACCUCAUCUACGUCGAGCAUCUGCUCCAAGCGAAUCACCAACGCCUUUAACGCGCGAAAGAAAAACAGGAAAAGUGAAUCUUUGCUCUUAAUCUAUUCAUCGAACACGUUGAUCCUCGGUUUUCAGGAGUCAAAUCACCAAUCUUCCGGGUCGCCAUUUGUUGGUCAUAGAAAACCCGCGUCCUUUAAAGAGAAUAAUUCCAUUGGAUCGCAUGCCAAUAUACUUGGACGACAUCUCCCCAAGAAACCAAGUCUUGAUGACGAUGGCGAAGAUCAAUCAAGAAAGCUCAGACGCUCCAGUGGUCGGAUUGUAUCGGCAGGCGGAGGGGCUAGCCCUUCUUUCCUGGAAGCACUUAGACGGAGCUCCACGGGCUCGUCAACAUCUCUGGAUGACCCUCCGAAUGCCGAGACAGAACUCCCAUUCUCGGACGAUGUGCAAGAAACACUUUCUACGACAGUACCGGCAUCGCUUUUGGCAUUCACUCUCGAUUUAUCGCCCAUCAUGGAGGACUUGCACAUCUUCACUACCGAUGGCCUUGGACCUGUACUACCGAGUUUACCAAGUUUAGCUACUGUUGGGACAGAUUCAACGGGAUCCGGAUACAUGCACGGAACUGGGGCCAUUGCUGGUAUUCUUGGUGUGAGGGAAGAGGAGAAGGAAACGGCACGAGAGGAGGAGGUUUGCGAUAUCCCGAUCGGCGAAGACAGCGAACCAGAAACUCAUGUCUACCCGGGGGCUCAGCCGUCUCUCGAUACUGUCCGCAAGCCCUCUCUUGUUUUGCAACACGCGUCGGUUACUUUCUCAGACGGGGAUCAAAGUCUUGCUCAGCUUCCCGCGCUCACCUUGACCCAACCUACACCCGAACUCGGUUCAAAACCGGUCUUCGAAGCUAUGAAUCCUCUUUUACCUAGUAUUUCUGAGUGCGGACUUGGGAAUGCCAUGCAGGAGGAAAUACCAGCCGAACAUCGUCCUGUCCUAAAACCUACGUUGGCUGCUGAUCAAAGCGUCUCUUCACUGUCUCUUCCGUUGGCGCUGCAAGCGAACUCUGUUCCUAUCUCACCGAGCUCUUCUCAAUACUUGCAACUGCCCUCACCACUGGCAACUCGUGCUAUGUCUAUACCCACAUUCCCUCGGUGUACUUCCUGUGGCUUUGGUUUCGGAUCUGGAUUUGACGUGGCUAGUUCUUCCGAUAUGUUGAAUGUUUCACGAAUACCUUGUGGACGAUGCGAGGAGCAGUGGAGUAAAUGUGUACAAUGGUAUGCUGGAUAUGGGGAUGCAAAGCCCCACGAGCGUUUGAACAGAGGAAAUAAGCGUUUUUCUUGGUUACUUUCCCGAAAGAAGGAAGACGCAACUCCGUCAACUAAUAAAAAGAAACGACGUUCGCUCUUUAUUCUACCAGGAGUUGCGAAAAGGAUGUCCAUUGCUAUGCCCACCGUUACUACUCAAAUUAUCACAACAGACGAGGUCGGUGUCGAAGCAGAUGAUUUGAGGAGAAGGAAAGUUUAUCGAAAGUGACCACAUCUUGACAUACCUUGAUCUUAUCUAUUCUCCAUCUAGGGGUACAGUUAACACAUCGGAAGAACCUGCUGACAAGAAAAAGUCAAAAUGGAAGAAAAGAUUCUCAUCGUUACUUCACUACACUAAGAAGCGAGCUUCGGUUCACGCGGAACCACACCAACAUCAAACUACUAUCCAGCGCUACUCUACUAUCGGCGUUCAGACGGAAGACGACGCGAUCUGUGGGGAAUACCUUCACGAGCGAAGAGAUCGCCCCUUUAGCUCUGGUUAUCCCUCGCAACCACCUUUACAUCCAAGAGUUUCGGGAGAUUCGAGAUUUCGAGAAGAAAUACACGUUAUAGAUGAGGAUGAAGAAGCAUUCCAAGAUGCUAUGGAUGCCCUUCCUCCGUUGCGAUACCGAUACCUAUGAUGAUACCCCACUCUGUUGCGAUACCCUCUCAAGAGAUACCCUUCUUCAUUUCACAUCAUUCUUUUAGAGCCCACCUUCCUGUCCCUACGAUGUCCUUAACUUUCCUUCCUGUGCCACU